AUGUCCAAGUCUACUCAAUCAUUAACGUGGUCUCCAGGAAACGCCCUCUCUAACCUCCGCAAAGACGAUCCUCGACUGCGGCGCCUCCCUCCUUUCUUGUCCUUCCUCUGCGUCCUUGGGGGCAUUGCUUGGGUCCUCCUCCUGCCACUGAACGAGUAUUCUCGUCAAACAUAUAUAUCCGAGAACGCCUUGUUGCCCGGACAAGUCCACACCUAUUUUGGUGGAAGUGAACAGAAUGUCUUCCGAGCAUACAGACAUGAAUUAGAGUCCGCCCUGGACCCAGCCCUGGGGGCAAACCAGACGUUGACGCAGGAUGAGAUUAGAGCAGCAGAGGACAAGAGAAAUACCAAGAUCCAGGAUCUGUUCCGCAGUGCUGGUCUGAAAAGCGCGCGACAGCGCUACUCUUUCACUUCAUCGGGUCAAGUCCACGAGGGCGAGAAUGUCCAUGCAGUCCUCCAUGCACCACGUGGAGAUGGUACAGAAGCCAUUGUUGUACUCGCCGCCCUCAGGAACAUUGAUGACGUCUCCAACUUGAAUGGUGUGACGCUGCUGAUCUCUCUGGCCCGCUAUUUCAAACGUUGGUCACUGUGGUCGAAAGACAUCAUAUUCCUGGUCACUCCGGACUCCUCGGUUGGUCCGCAGGCAUGGAUCGAUGCUUACCACUCCGCUCACAAUCCAAAAUACGUCCAGGACCUAUCUCUAAAGUCCGGUGCUCUUCAAGGCGCCGUUUGUAUCGACUAUCCAUUUGAACAUCGAUUUGAGAAUUUCCACAUUGCAUACGAUGGUAUCAACGGUGCACUUCCAAAUCUCGAUCUGUUCAACACCGCGGUAUCAAUCUCAACGGGUCAGAUGGGAAUUGGCACCACUAUCCAGUUCCAGCAAACCUUUACCCAGCAAGACAAGCAGGGCGCCUACCCUUCGCGCGUUCAGACCUUGAUGCGAGGCAUGUCAUCUCAAGCUUUGGGACAUGCGACUGGUCCACAUUCUAGCUUCAUGAGUUAUCACAUCGAUGCCAUCACCUUGACUGCGAUUGGACAAGGCUGGCAAGAUGAGAUGGCUUUUGGGAGAACUAUUGAAAGCAUUUGCCGAAGUCUGAAUAACUUACUUGAAAAGUUACACCAAAGCUUUUUCUUCUACCUGCUCAUGCAAUGCAACCGUUUUGUCAGCAUUGGAACAUAUCUUCCGAGCGCCAUGGCCAUCGCUGCUUCAUAUACUCUUAUGGCGAUCUACCUUUGGGUGGAAAGUGGCUACCAGCGGGUUGAAACGAUCUCGUCAAAGCCUGAAGGCAAAUUGGAGACACGUUUAAAUGGGAAAGAUUCUUCAACUAAGGGGACUUCGGUGCCUGAUACCAACGACAAGGCUUCAACUACUUUCGAGCCAGUCGACAGGCAACUCGUCCUUCCAAUUGCUCUUCUGACUGGAAUUCAUCUUGCCUCGCUCGGCCCGUUAUACCUCCUGACCACGCUCGGCUCCACGUCUUUACCUUCAGCAUUUACCCUAUUCUCCGUCGUUCUUCCACUUUUGCCGGUAUUUCUAGCUUCGAGCUUGCCAAACGGCUCACAAGAUCCGUCGAAAUCAGCCACUCCUUCCUCUACACACUUCCAAUACACCCUUCUCAAAUCUUUGAGCCUUUUAGUGCUAGGCCUGUUCUUAACGGUUCUCGCGACACUGAACUUCAGCCUGAGUAUGUGUUUGGGUAUUAUUGCUACUCCACUCGCCAUGGUGAACAGGACCCCAGGGAAACCAGUUCUAGCAGUCCUUCAAUACGCACUUCUCACCAUCUUAAGUCCGUCUGCACUAUUUUUCGCUGCCUCAUUUCUUCUGGGAAAUGACCAGAUUCAAUGGCUUACACGACUUGCCUUUGGUUGGAAUAUCUGGGGUAGUUGGGGCGUUCCAGUCGGUGUGCUAUGCAUUUGGCUUCCAGCGUGGGUUGUCGGAGCGACGGUGGUUGCGAGCACUUGGUUCAAGGCCGAACAUGAAUCUGUUUUGAGAGUGCCAAAGACGCCCUAG